ACAGGCUGGUGCAUGCUGCGUCUUCAUGGCUAAACUCUCCCUCACAGCAGUGGGCCUGCUGCUGCUGUCAGUGCUGCUGGCCGUGGUGCUCGGCGCUGAGGCAGGAGAGAGGAGGCCACAAACAGUGAGGAGGAAGAAGAGGGAGUGGAUACUUCCACCUGCCAAGCUGAUGGAGAACUAUGAUUACACUGAUAGGGAAUUCAUCGCUAAGAUCCGCUCUGAUAAAGACCGAGAUCAAAAGGUGGAGUAUUAUCUCUCUGGACCAGGAGUUGACAAACCUCCCUUCAACCUCUUUGUGGUGGACCACGACACUGGCUUUGUGAGGAUCACUGGUAUUCUGGACCGGGAGAAAUACCCAUACUUCCAUCUAAAAGGAACUGCUAAAUACAGAAAUGGGACCACAGCAGAAGACGACAUCCCCCUGAUAGUCACAGUCCUGGACGAAAAUGAUAACACUCCUUACUUUCAGCCGUGUACUGGGAACAUCACAGAGGCCAGCAAGACAGGAACCUUUGUGAUGCAGAUUCAGGGGAAGGACGAUGACCAGGAGGGAACCAUUAAUUCGGAGAUCUCCUACAGCAUUGUGGGUCAGGAGCCAGAGGGCACAGGUCACAUGUUCACUAUCGACCAAAAGACAGGAAAACUGUAUGUGAAAGAACCCACACUGGACAGAGAGACUCUUGACUUCUACACACUGAUUAUACAGGGGGCUGAUUUGGGAGGGGCACAAGGGGGGCGGAGUGGGACAGGGACUGUCGAGAUCCAGGUCAUGGACAUCAAUGACAAUGUCCCCACUCUGGAAAAAUCUGAGUACUCUGGUGCAGUGGAUGAAAACAUCGCUGACGUGGUCGUGAUGAAAAUCAAAGCUCUGGACAAAGACCUUGAACACACAGACAACUGGGUGACUGUCUUUACAAUCAUCACAGGAAAUGAUGACAACUUAUUCGCCAUUGAGACAGACAAAGACACCAAUGUGGGCAUCCUGAAGCUGAUCAAGGCUGUGGAUUUUGAAGAAAUCCAGAAUCUUGAGCUUGGCCUGCUCAUUGAGAACGUGGCUCCCUUGGUGGAGGGUGGUGCUGUUCUGAUGGAUGUGGAUGUUCAGGUUGGAGAAGGUGGUGCCGGAGCCGGAGCCGGAGCCGGAGCCGGAGCCGGAGCCGGAGCCGGAGCCGGAGCCGGAGCAGGAGCCGGAGCCGGAGCUGCAGCUGCAACUGGAGCUGUAGGCAGUGGAGGUGCAGGGGUAGACCUGGAUGCAGGUGUGACUCUAAAUGUAAACGUGGACCUAGAAGGGGGUGGGGGUGUAGUCCCUGGAACUGGGGUUAAGCCUGGAACGAAGCCAAGUCCACAAGCAAAAAGCUAUCCCAUCAAGAUUGCAGUGAACAAUGUGCCAGAGGGUCCAGCAUUCAUACCUGCCACCAAGACCGUCCCUGUGUCAGAGGAUCCAGAUCAAGUUCCUGAGGAUGGAGUGAUCACAGUCUUCGCUGCUGUCGAUCCAGACACAGGGAAACCAGCCGAGGAUGUCAGUUAUGCUAAAGCCUAUGAUCCAGACAACUGGUUCACCAUUGAUGAAGAAACAGCAGAGAUUAAACUCACCAAGGUCCCAGACAGAGAGUCCCCAUUCCUGGUGAACGGUACCUACAUCGCCAAAGUUCUGGCCAUAACCAAAGACAUGCCAUCAAAGACAGCCACGGGAACCAUAGCCAUUCAGGUGACCGACUCCAACGACCACUGUCCCACCCUCUGCACCACCCACAGAAGUCUGUGCUCCGAUCAGAAAACCGUUGUUGUGACCGGCUGUGACGAGGAUGUUCGUCCUAACAGUGCUCCGUUCAUGUUCAGAAUCAUACCUGAGGGGACAAGAGGCAGCUGGGUGGUAGAAGUCAUCAACGAGACGAGUGCUGCUCUUCACUCACAGGGGGCCCUGUGGCCCGGUUCAUAUGAGGUGCAGGUGGAGGUGUUGGAUGCUCAGGGUCUCUCCUGCCCGUCCCAUGAGGUUUUUGCUGUGGACGUUUGUACCUGUGUGGAAACAGAGGACUGCACUUUGAAGGCAGCCAGACUGGGAGCUACUUCCUCUGAGCUCUCUGCUCCAGCCAUCAGCUUGCUUCUACUGGCGAUCUGCUUACUGCUGUUCAUCCCUCUCCUCCUGUUGUUCUGUCAGUGUGGAGGAGCAGACACCAUCUUUCCUGACCAGUUCAAUGAUCUGCCAUUUGAUGCUAAAGAACACCUCAUAUCAUACCACACUGAAGGCAGAGGAGAGGAUAAGGAAGUGCCGCUCCAAAGUGUCCCUGUCAUGUUGAUUAACCAAAAGCAAGUUGAGACGGCACCAGCAGUAAACAUCAACAGCAUGCCUUCAAACAUCACAGAGACUCAUCAGACAAGUACAUUCUUCAAGGAAUCUGUUCAGAGGUUUCAGGAAACCAGGCAAAGUCUGAUGGAGGUAGACAGCGCCUACGGGUUUUCAAGGGAAACGUUCAACCAUGGCAGUGCAGCGCAGUUCAGCAGGCAGAGACUUCUCUAUGAAGACAUGGCCCUACCUGAUGCUUUCCUCAAUGACUACUACUCACAGAAAGCGGUGUGUGCUGUACCAGUGAAGGACGGUCUGGUGGCAUAUGAUUUCGAGGGCCACGGCUCAAGUGCUGGCUCAGUGAGCUCCUGCAUCCUCCCGGACUCUGACCACGAACUGCAGUUCCUCAAUGAGCUCGGACCAAAGUUCAAGACUUUGGCUGAGAUCUGUUUCCCUCCUACACCACAACCCUCUCUGACAACCAAAGUAUCAGAUACUGUCCAGACUACUGUUGGUUUUAAUAAACCGGUUGUUAAACCCAACAUACAGCAGAUUGUUGAGACAAAGCACAGCAACAUAAAGACAGAGAGAGUGAUGGAAUCCUCUACAGGUGCUGUGACCACCGAGCCACCAUCCUUUUCUCACUCCAGGGUCACUAACAUCAGUCAUUCUGCUGCUCUGCCCCCUCCAGUCCAGACAGUUGUGCUACAGCAGCAGCCGGUUUACUACACCACCAGCCCUGUGCUGCAGCCCAUGCACUAUGUAGUCCAACCACAGCUACAGAGUACAGUUCUUUUGGCAGAGGGGGCUUGUGGAACCAGUCUUUCAGGGCUGUAUGUAGUCAGUGGACCCCAACGCUCUCCUUCUGGGCUUGUUAUCCAAACCAUUGAGAGUCCCAAAGGCCCUGCAAGUCCUACCAGUCCAGUCAGCCCCACCCUGUUGCUACCUGGUAGCCCAGGUGUGUCCCAGGGCUCAGUCCCUGUGGAGGGGUGGAAAAUGAUAGGGCCAAAUACUGAGGGUGAAUACAUCUUAGUUAAAGAGAGAAGUGGUCCAGGUGAGACAGAGGGUGUGGACCCAGGGUCACCUCAGGGCACUUUGCCCAGAGAUGCUAUCCUGGUAAAAGAGGCUGCUCCCCCUCAGGGGGUGUUAGGCCCGGCAGCCCGGGGGAGUGUGUAUGGUAUUCUGCCAGGACACACUGUUACUAAACAGGGGGGUUUUGUAAACAGAAAUGUGGGGCAAACAUGGGGUGGGCAGCCAGAGCAGGUGGGGUUAGGGCCAGCUACUGCUGUGGGAGUUGGUGUUGGGGAGCCAAGAAUGGGAGUGGAACAUGAGAAUGUGGUCACAGUGAAACCAGAAUUCCCUAUGUGGCCAGCUGGAAUGGGUACAAUGAUGCAGGCCAGUGAAAAUCCGUUCCAAGGAAAUCCUUCUCUGGAGCCAACAAGCUAUACCAAUCGUACUCUAAAAGCAUGUGGGCAAGAUCCACCACAGGAGGACAAGAUCAUUAAUGUCAUUAGUACCUUCACUACUGUUGAAACCUCUGUUACUGCUGAAGCUCAGCCGUGCUCUAAGGAAGAGGUUGUGAUUGAUAAUCUGUUGAUGGACCCCAGUGAUCCAGCUCAGAAGACGUCAGAUGAUACAGAUGUGAUCACCUUUGCAUCUGAACAGUACACAGUAGUAGAUGAUCCCAUUAAGUUGAUCCAAAGUGCAGGUGAAGACAAUGUGGAUCUAACACAAACAUCAGAGACAUUUUCAAAUCUACAUCUUGAGGAAGCUAAUGUAAAAAUAAACCAGUCUGACUCAGUGGUGGAGGAUCCAGGAGCUACAGUAGAUGAAACUGUGACCAAUCAAGUGAACAAAAUCACUGCAGAUGAAGCUAAGUCGCCAAAGUCAGACCAGCAGGAUCACCAUCUCCUCUCUGAAGGGUCCUGCACAGAUGCUUUGUUACCUGGAUCAGGAGAGGAAUCCACUUCUACUGCAGACCACAUCAACAUUGAAGAUGAUCAUAUACAUGAUAUCACAGAGGAAAGUGUGAGCAGACCAGAGGCAGCAUCUUUGACAGAAGAAGAAGAAGAAGAAGAAGAAGAAGAAGAAAGAAAACAUGAUCAGCUCAGCACAGUGGAAUGUCCAGAGGACAGAAGGUCUGAAGUUGGGUCAGAACCUCAACUCAAUGAAUUCAUAGAGGGUCAAAGUGAAAGGGAACACGAAGAUAUCAGUUCAGCAGACUUUGAAAUGAAUCAGGCUACGGCCAUCUUUGACUGUACCGAGGUAGAAGACAUGACUACUGUCACCAGUGAUGCACAUGAAGAAGUGAAGGCUGAGCAGGACCCCCUGUUGGUUUCUGACAUGGGAGAUAAUCCUAUGGAUGAGAUUUCAAAAGAUACUGUUGAUGACUCUGAAGAGAGGUCCAUCUCUGAUCAGUCAGCACUGUCAGAGGUACAGCUGAGCCAGAGUGAACAGAAUGAUAUAGAUGAAGGUCAAACUGAUGCUGUAGCAGAAACAUCACUGCAAACUGCGAGAACUGAGUUCACUGAUCAUGUGGAAGGAGAUGCGGUAGAUCUGAAUUUGAUAUCAGAAGAAAUGACCACUCAAGUGCAGGUAGAUGACUCUAACUUGCCAACCAUUACAACAGCAGAGCAUCCCGCAGAGGACAGGAGCUCUGCCCACAAAGAAGAGGAAGAAGAUAAACAAUAUAUGACAUCAGGAUCAGGUGAUGACCAGGAUGAAGACAUUGAUGCAUUAAGCACAAGUUCUCAAAUGCAAGACAAGUUCAUCUCAGAUGACAUCACUGAUGAAGAGGACGAGGAUGUUGUAGAGCAAAUGGUUUCACCAGUACAGCAAGCUAUAAGCUACUCAGAUGACCAAGAAGAGGAUGAUAUGUUAACCUCAGCUGACAACAUGAAUGUUUCAGAGGAAGAGGAAGAGAUUUUGGAGGAAGUGGCUUCACCUGUAAAACCAUCAGGUGACCAAGAUGAAGCGAUUGAAAGAGAAGAUGCAGGAAGUGUGAUUUCCCAAGUGCACGAUCAGUCCAUCUCAGAGGACAACAUAAGUGAUGGAGCAAAGGAGGAGGAGGAGGAGGAUACUGUGGAGGAAGAAACGUCACCUGUACAGAGAAUGACUGGCAUCUCAGAGGAAGAUGAAGGCAGUGAUAAAGAUGUAUCCCACACAGUCUCUCAAAAUGAAGAUGAGCUUGUCUCAGAUAACAGCGUGACUGAUGGAGAGGAAGAGGAGGAAGAAGCUCCACCCAUACAGCAAAGAAGUAGUAUUUCAUAUGACCAAGACGAAGAGAGUAAAACAGAAGAUGAAUCAGAAGACGAUCAGCUCAUGAUCACCUUAGAUAACAGAACAGAUGGAGAAAAAGAGAAGCAACAUGUAAGCAUCACAGAUGACCACAUUGAAAAGAUAGUAGAAGAAGACUCAUCAGGCUCAAGCUCCCACAUCGAGGAAGAAGGCAUCACUUCUCAGCAGCUGUUAGAAGGGGACUCUCAGCCUUCAGAGACCAGAUGUUUAUCUGAGGAGGAUCUAACAAGUCAACCCACAGAGAUGAAUCAGGAGGUUCCAGGAUCAGAGGUCACAGAAACUGAAGAGCUGCCCUGUGAAGUUACUACACAUCCGAUAGGAACAGGGUCCUCUCAGAUAGUAGACAUAAUUCUGGAUGGUCAUGAGUUAGUGAGCAGUGAUAACAUGUAUGGCAUUGAUGAGGUGCUCACAUCAUCCUCCAGAGUGGACACAGCACAGGUCUCCCUGUCCAGUGAAGACAGAGAGGUCAGUCCCAGCAAGUUGGAAUCUGGAGAAGAAUACAACUACUACAACACAGACGUAGGUAAAACUGAACAUGGGGAGGCUGGAGAUCUCACUGUGGAGACAGAAAGAGCAGAGAUCAGACCUGAUCUAGAGAUUAAAGAGGGAUUCGAUGAUAGGGUAACUACUGCAUGUGGUCAGGUAUCAACAACAUCUUACUCAGACAGUGAAAUAGUGGACAAGACCACAACCUUAGUUGGAGCAGAGCCAGGAUCAUCAGAGACUGGAACUGCAGGUUAUAUGGCUGCGAGUGAGGCAGCUGAGGAGGCUGGGUACUUUGUCCAGAGUGAGAGUAUGCAGAUGACUGGAGAGGCAGCAUUGGUGAGCCCAAACACUUUAGGACAAGCUGAUUACAUGCAUGGGGUUGAGGUAGGUGGUGGUCAAGUGAGUCCUGUACAUGCCAUCAGCCAAACUCCUCGUAACAAAUCAAGAAAGAGUAGAAAGGACUCUAAGAGUCCAAAGAGCCCCUCUGGAAAGUGUAAGCAGCAGUGAUUCCUCUCUGUUUUAUAGUUUACCAUAGUGUUAGAUGUGGAGGUGGUGCCAACAAAGGUUUAAUGAGAUUAAAUUUUAGACAUGUUCACAUCAGGGAUGUUGUGUGUGAGGCCUCUGUGCUGGAUGAGUUCAUUCAGCUCAGAAUGUGAUCAGGCCUUCACACCACAGGUUUACUGCAGUGCUGAAACUGUGCAGGACACAGGCAAGAAGUAAAGUCAUAUAAGUGCAACACAGAUGGGUAUUGUUUAAUCCUGUCAGAUUAAACUGCAUCAACCUGAAAUAAUAUAAAUCAGUGUGUUGAGAUUGGGUUGUAAUUCCCUGUGUUGAUUCAUGUCAAAGCUCCAGAAAACCACCAGUUUUAUCACAUUGUCUCCUUGGAUUUGCACGUCCAGGCUACUGUAGAUACACUUCUGUCCUCUGUACAACACAAUCGAUGUGUGCCUUUUACUAUAGAGACCGUUGGGUUGUAGGGUCAGUGUGUUUUUAAAUGAGCUUUAAUAACUUGCUGAACACAGGAUAUCGCGUUUCUCCUGGCUCAAUGUGCAGUCAUAUAAAAAAUGUAUUAAACAUAUAAAUGCAAACAUAAAUAAACAUAAUGGACAUAAUAGACGACUAGGACAUAACAACAUGUCAGUUGAUAUAAUAAGGUGCUCAGGUGGUUGAGACAUUGAAUUAUUGCACAGGGUAACAGCAGGCUUUGUCGGAGCUGAAUAUGUGCAUUCAGUCAGUCUUGGUUCGCAUUUGUGCUAGUGUGCAUUUUAAAGGGAAUUGAGGAGUCUGACGGCCUAUGGGUAGAAACUCCUGCAGAGCCUGGAAGGUCCUGCACUGCAUGCUGCAGUAACAUUUGCCAGAGGGCAGAAGGGUAAACAGUCCAUGUGUCCAUGGGUGGGUGGAGUCUGUGGUUAUUUUGGUGGCUAUGCUAAAAGAGCGUGUCAGGUACAGAUCCUGUAUAGAUGUGAGAGAGGUGCUCACCACUCUGGUGCAGCUGCCAUACCACACUGAUCAGAAUGAGCCAACAUUAGCCAACAUUUGCUAAUAUUAGCUGACAUGAGACCAGACCAGAGCCAGAUCAGAGCAGAACACCUGAGUGUACUAACUUUUUCAUUUAGAGAAUGCAUGUGUUAUUUCAGACAUUACAUGGUGAUCAUAACAAUCUGAGAUGAAUUCUCAUACAUCAUUGAUGACUUUGAAUAUUCUGUUUAUAUGUUUGUCAACAGCUGAAUUAUUCACUGCCUCUUCUACAGCUUUGAUUCCAUCACUUGUAAUAUAAAUAUAGUUUUAUGUGUUAAAUGACAGCAGGUUACAGUGUGUAGCAUUAGGGUGGUGGGUUAAACCUUUAAAAUAAACGUACACAUUGAGCCUUUAAUGUCUCGCAUGAUGUUACUUUAAUCUUCCGAAUAACCACGUUUGUAUUAGAGGUGUCUCUUCAUGGUUCAGACUGUCCUUUUCAUACUAGACAGAACAUGUUUCAUUUAAAAAUGAGCUGAUCUGUGAACAUACCUGUCUAAACCUGAAUGUGGGAAUAAAGCUGUUGAAGCAGUA